AAAAAAAUGUCCAGUUCAAGGCAGAAUGAUUUGCAGUCGGUGGCACAGCCUCUAGAAAUUCUCAAGUGUCCCGAAGAGAUUACGCUCAAGGAGUUUGGUAUAAUGAAGCUCACAGCGCAAUUUGUGGUGCGGUUUGGGAUGUCUUUCUGUCGGGAAUUCAUGUUUAAGUUGACUAGCGUGAACGCCAACAACGAUCAGUUUGAGUUUAUCAAGACAACUGAUAGCAGCAGGUACAGGUUUUUUCUUGUGCUUGUUGAUGCGUAUAACAGUGUAUUAAGACCUUAUUACCGAAACUACCAGAGGAAGAAUUGUAACAACGAGACCGUUCUUGAGGGUUUUUUGAAUCUUGUUCAAAGCGUGGAAAAGCAGGAGGAGAUGCAUGCUAGUUUCGCCUGCGGUGUUGACUUUUUCGCUAGCAUGGAUGGUAGAAAGAGUUUUUCACCACCUGGACACGUUUCAGCAGAAAUGCUGUAUUCAGGUCUACUUGGAUCACCAGAACUGCUGUCUGCAGAUCUAGCUGAUGAGGCUCGUUGUGCUGCUCGUGCUGCUGUUACUGAUGAUGAACUAACCGAUAUGGAUCGUAUACUCGAGAGUUGGGCUACUCCACCACCUCGCAUGUAUCCUCAUCUAUAUCCUAAAGAGAUCCCUCGCAAGCAGCUUGGUCUUAUCAAGCUCACAGCGCAGUUUGUUGUCAGGUAUGGUGUGACUUUCAUGAUGGGUUUGUCCAAGAGACUAAUGGUGAUCCCGGACUCUCGGUUUGAAUUUUUCCAGACAAGUGAUAGUUUCAGUUUUUUCCACCGGCUUAUCUCUGCGUAUGGUAACGUAUUGAGGCAGUUUACUGAUUCUGAGGAAGUGACCGUUGUUUCGGAGUUUUUCAAGCUUGUUGAGGAGGGAGUACUAGAGAUGCAUGCUUCUUCCGUGGGUGGUCUUGACUACUUUGCUAACAGGGAGGAUGAAGAGUUGACGCCACAUGAAUGCUUUUCAAUGAACCCUGGUAUGCAGCCAGAGACUGGUAUUAUCCCUAGUAUCCCUGUGCCCACUGCACUGAGAUCUCUGUUUGCUUUUCCUCGCUUUCCUAAACCUGCAAUGUCUCUACCUGAGAAUCCCAAGCCAAAGAGACAGGAGUUUGAUGAGCCAGGACUUGUUUCAGCAGGCUUCUUUCUCGCUCAACAUUCGGUUGCAUCUCCGAUCAGGGUUUCUGUUCCAAGCGUCGACGUUGAGAAAUUCAUUGAGAUCGAACUGUGGUCCUACGCGGAAAAGGUGGCAACUUUGAAGGAGAUGAUAGCUGGGGAGAUCCAAAUUCCAGCAAACAAACUCAAGUUAAGUUGGAGAAACAGAGUUUUAGAGGACAACAGGUCACUUGCAUAUUACAAUGUGGGACCAGAAGAAACGCUAACACUCUCUUACUGAUGACUGGGAAAACGCCUUCCAAUCCAUUUCUCUUCUCUAUCUUUAGUACAUUUGGCUAAAAAACUAUCUGUAGUGACUUUAGUUUGUUUUGAAUUAGCAGCUACUUAUGAUAGUCUUAAAACAUAUAUCCCUUUAAUAUGUGAUGAUCAUCACAGUUUAAGCUCUUUUAGUGCAUUCUCUUGUA